AUGGAAGGAUUGGAUUUUUCUUCGAUGAAGUUGACCAGUCAACCAGAAUUGUUUGAAUUCAAAGGCAUCUCUAUGACCCAUUUCUUCACUGAUGAUUGGGAAAAUGUUCAGAACUUCCAGGCAAGACCAGACGACAUCCUCGUGGCUACUUACCCCAAAGCAGGCACCACCUGGGUUUCCUACAUCUUGGACCUAAUUUAUUUUGGCAAUACAGCACCAGAGCGUCAGUCCUCAAUACCCAUCUACUUGCGAGUGCCUUUCCUUGAGGCGGUUAUUCCUGAGACACCUACAGGGGUUGAACUAGCAAAUAAUCUACCCACAACCCCACGACUCAUCAAAACUCAUCUACCUGUUCAGUUGGUGCCCAAGUCCUUCUGGGAACAGAACUGCAGGGUCGUCUAUGUAGCUCGCAAUGCCAAAGACAAUGCUGUGUCUUAUUUCCAUUUUGAUCGUAUGAAUGAAGUACAACCUGAUCCAGGAGACUGGAACAAUUAUCUACAGACGUUCAUGGAUGGAAAAACUGUGUUUGGACCUUGGUAUGAUCAUGUGUGUGGUUACUGGGAGAAGAAGCAGACCUACUCCAAUCUUCACUACAUGUUCUUUGAGGAUAUGGUGGAGAGCACUGAUCGUGAGGUGGAGCAGCUGUGCUCUUUCCUUGGCUUAUCUACACCAACAGAAGAGAGACAGAGAAUUAUAAAAAAUGUCCACUUUGAUGUCAUGAAGCAAAACAAGAUGACCAACUACUCUACAGCCUCAGUCAUGGAUUUUACGAUCUCACCAUUUAUGCGCAAAGGUAAAGUUGGAGAUUGGAAGAAUCACUUCACCGUGGCUCAGAAUGAGCAGUUUGACAAACACUAUAAACAGAAGAUGAAGAACUCGACUUUAAAGUUCCGCACAGAGAUUUAG